GAUAUUUUCGGCAAUGAUGGCCUGUGAAAUAUAAAUUGAUGCAUGUUUUCAACAAUGGGCUGUCCAUUGGGGGUCGAAACUUUGAAUACUUCGUGAACAUUUUACUAAAGCUUUCUCGACUCCCCGUUGUGUGAAAAAAUGCAUGAAAUUUGACAUGUCACCGCGGCAGGCUUCGAGAGCUACAGCCACCGUCUGUUCGAAUCGAGGGAGUUUCAUCCAUCGGUAAACAUAUAACGGGAGAACAAUUUCCUUGGUUACAAAAGAUAGGAAGCAUGUAAGAAUAUCGUUGCCCCAAAAGUAAAAUUUCGCAGACAUCAGCGUUGAGUAUAUUUGUCGAAAGGCGUUGGUGAAAUUUACCUGGCUUGUUAGUGUAAAUCGAAGUUUUGAACAAAAUGGCAUCGAACGUCGGUAUUUUACUGGGUGAACAUGUGUGGCUUGCCCCAGAGUCCAAGGGUGAAUUUGAUGUUGCUAUUGGUGGUGUGGUCAAGCUUUCAGACUCUGGACAAAUUGCGGUUGUUGAUGAUGAAGGAAAUGAACAUUGGUUGCACACAAGGGAUGCUGGUACACUCAAGCGAAUGCAUCCAUCCAGUGUGCAAGGAGUGGAAGACAUGAUUCAAUUGGGUGAUUUACACGAAGCUGGGAUGUUACAUAAUCUCUUCAUCAGAUAUUAUAAUCAUAAUAUAUAUACAUACACUGGGUCCAUAUUAAUUGCGGUCAACCCAUACCAACUUUAUCCAAUUUACGACGCGCAACAUGUACAGAAAUACAAAAAUGAAAAGAUCGGUGAACUUCCGCCGCAUAUAUUCGCCAUUGCAGACAACGCUUAUCACAUCAUGACAAGAGAGAAACGAGACCAAUGCAUUCUCGUAAGUGGCGAGAGCGGUGCUGGUAAAACGGAGUCUACAAAAUUGAUCCUUCAAUUUCUCGCUGCCAUAAGUGGUCAACAUUCGUGGAUUGAACAACAAAUUCUUGAAGCAAAUCCAAUUAUGGAAGCAUUUGGAAAUGCAAAAACCGUCAGGAACGACAAUUCAAGUCGAUUUGGAAAAUACAUCGACGUGCAUUUCAACAAAAGCGGAGUGAUUGAGGGCGCAAAAAUUGAUCAAUAUUUGUUGGAGAAGUCCAGAAUCGUUUACCAGAUGGACAACGAGAGAAACUAUCACAUAUUUUAUCGAAUGUUGGCUGGUAUGAGAGAUGAUGAAAAGAAGUCAUUGAAGCUAACACGUGCUGAAGACUACCACUACCUCACCCAGGGCGGGAGUACAACAUGCCAAGGGAUGGACGACGCCGAGGAAUUCGCCAUCAUACGGGGUGCCAUGAAGGUGCUGCUUUUCACAGAAGACCACUGCUGGCAAAUUUUCAAACUUCUAGCGGCUAUUCUUCACAUAGGAAAUCUGGAAUUGAUACCUGCAAUGGCUUCCAAUCUGGAUACAACGAUGAUUGAAGAUCGCAAUCUUCUGGCUACGAUUGGACAUUUACUGGAGGUUCCCGUUGAAAGGCUGGUCCAGGCGCUGACAACAAGAUCGACCCUGGCACGUGGCGAGCUCAUUUACUCCCCGAUCAGUGUUGAGCAAGCUGUUAAUGUUCGAGAUGCCCUUGUAAAGGGAAUCUACGGGAGAGUUUUUAUUUCAAUUGUCGAAAAGAUCAACACAGCCAUUUAUAAUCCUUCCUCAAGUUCUGUUGGCAGAUCGUCAAUUGGAGUAUUGGAUAUUUUCGGCUUCGAGAAUUUUGGUAAAAACAGCUUCGAACAGCUGUGCAUCAAUUACGCAAACGAAAACUUGCAGCAAUUCUUUGUGAGACACAUCUUUAAACUUGAACAGAAUCAUUACGAUCAAGAGGGAAUCAAGUGGCAGCAUAUUACCUUUGUCGAUAAUCAGGACAUUUUGGACAUGCUGGGCCAAAAACCGAUGAACAUCAUUUCACUGAUAGACGAAGAAAGUCGUUUUCCCAAGGGAACGGACAAGACUAUGCUGGACAAACUGGUACGUAACCAUGGUAACACCAGGAACGGACAUUUCGUUGCACCCGUUCGACAGACAGAUACAAGAUUUGGUAUACAUCACUUUGCAGGUUCAGUUUUAUACGAGAGCACAGGUUUUCUCGACAAAAACCGCGACACGUUCAGCGCGGACUUGAUAAAUUUGAUCUCCAACAGCAAGUGUGAAUUUUUGUACAAUCUCUUCUCUCGGGAAAAAUCCAUGGGCGACGAAACAAGAAAGAGAUCCCCAUCACUAGGCGCGCAGUUCAAGAAAUCAUUGGAUGCCCUAAUGAAAACACUUCAAGCAUGUCAUCCAUUUUUUGUGCGGUGCAUCAAACCGAACGAGUUGAAGAAACCAUUGAUGUUCGACAGAGAAUUGUGUUGCCGUCAACUGCGCUAUUCUGGAAUGAUGGAAACCAUCAGAAUCCGUCGAUUAGGUUACCCAAUCCGCCACGAAUUUGCGGAGUUUGUUGAUCGGUAUUAUUUGCUGGUGAAAGGAAUCAGAGCGAAGGAACCAAAUCCCAAAGAAGCGACAAACGUGAUUGCUAAUCUGAUAUUGCCGAAAGAAGACUGGCAACUUGGAAAAACAAAAAUAUUCCUCAAGGACGCUCAUGAUAUCAAACUGGAAACGUACCGCGAUACCGUCAUGGCGAAACAAGUGAUUAUCAUCCAGAAAGUCUUCCGUGGCUAUUUCUACAGAAAGCGCUUCUUACAAAUGAAAUUCGCCUGCAUUACAUUGCAAAGAGCUUGGCGGGCCCGUCGGGAAAGAAUACGCUUCCUAAGGCUCCGCCGCGGUAUAGCCCGACUACAAGCAGCGUACAAAGCCCAACGUUUGGCACUUCAGUUCAACCUCCUCAGAGAAAGACUUGUCAUGUUGCAAGGUUACUGUCGUGGUUAUGUUACCAGAGUGAAGUUGCAACAGCGUCGUAAGGCUGUUGUGACGAUUCAGGCUGGCUGGCGACGCGUUCUUGCAAGGAAGAAAGUACAGAUGCUCCGUAGAGAGAGAAAACGAAGAUUGGAAGCGGAAAGACUGGCCAUUGAGGAAGAAAUGCGUUUGGCCGCUCAAAUGGGCCGCGGGGCAGCAAAACGAGAAGCAGAAAGACGCUUGCAGGAACGACUACAUGUUAUUGAACAAAGCGAAAGCGAUAUGAACGUGCAAAGAGCCAUUGAGGCGAAACGAAAGACAGAACAGGUCAUGAUACUAGAAGAAUCAGCAAAACGACGAAGGGAGCAAGAUGUGAAUGAUUCGACAAUGAUCGACGAAAUGUUUGGUUAUUUGGACGAGAAUGAUCCAAAAAGACGCGCGCCUCCGUCACAUUUCCAGGACCUAGAGAUCAAUCAAGAGCCAUCGAUUGCCCCAGACUUUGUCAAAAUGACAACUGCUGGCGAACGAGAGGAUGAAGAUCUGUCCCAAUAUGUCUUCUCCAAGUUCGCUGCAACGUAUUUUCAGUCUGCAACACAUACCCACAUCCGGCAAAACCUUCGUCAACCUUUGUUGCCUUUGACAAGCGAAGCUGAUACGAUGGCCGCCCUUGCUGUCUGGAUCACCAUUCUUCGUUUCAUGAGCGAUAUGCCUGAACCUAAACAAAGCAGAUACAUGCAGGAACCAUCUGGCCCUGUCAUGGCCAGAAUUUACGAUACAUUCGGAAGAAAAUUCGGAAGUCAGAGAGACGCUCCACCACCAAUUUUAGAUUUUGAUGAAGAAAAUUACCCAAAACGUGGAACUCUGCGGAAGAAGUUAGUUUCCCUGACCUUGAAGAGGAAGUCUAAGAUUACAAAGGAUGUUACGACAAUGCUUAGAGAGGGCAGCGAUAGAGGUUAUCUUCCUGAGUCAUAUGGUCCACUAUCAGCCCACGAUAAACCUACCACUAACUUGGAAAAGCUACACUUCAUUAUUGGUCAUGGAAUAUUGAGACAAGAACUGAGGGACGAAAUUUACUGCCAGAUCUGCAAGCAACUUACUGAUAAUCCAAACAAGAUAAGCCAUGCCCGUGGCUGGAUAUUGUUGUCUUUAUGUGUGGGAUGCUUCUGUCCAUCGGAGAAGCUGUACAAUUACCUGAGGAAUUUCAUCCGAGAAGGUCCACCUGGUUAUGCGCCAUAUUGCGAAGAACGUCUUCUACGAACGAAACAAAAUGGAAGCAGACAUCAACCGCCUAGUUGGCUUGAAUUACGAGCAACGAAAUCUAAGAAACCUUUGAUCUUGCCGAUCACUUUUAUGGAUGGAAACACAAAGACACUUUACGCAGACUCAGCAACGACUGCGAAAGAACUGUGUGCUCAACUGGCUGAGAAGGUCGGCAUCACAUCAACAUUUGGAUUUUCCAUCUAUAUUGCCCUUUAUGAUAAGGUAUCAAGCUUAGGAAGCAGCAACGACCAUGUCAUGGACGCCAUUUCCCAGUGUGAACAAUACGCGAAGGAAUUGGGUCAACAUGAAAGGGACGCGCCUUGGAGGCUGUUCUACCGCAAGGAAAUAUUCUCGCCCUGGCAUGAUCCACGUGAUGACAAGAUCUCAACGAGUCUAAUUUAUCAGCAAAUUGUCAGAGGCUCAAAGUUUGGAGAAUAUCGUUAUUCAAGUGAAGAAGAGCUUGCAGAUGUAGCUGCUCUGCAAUACUAUGUUGAAUAUGGUCACGAUAUGUCCAGGGAUCGUCUUAUGGAACUGCUCGGGUCUUACAUUCCAGAUGUAUACUUAGAGACUGCGAAAGGACCGGAUAAAUGGGCUCGCCUCAUCGAGGGCGCUUUCAAACGAAAUAAAUUCGUCAAAGAAAAUGCAGAUCCCAUGCACAUAAAAAACCAUAUUGUUGAAGCAGCCAGGCUUCGCUGGCCGUUGUUGUUCUCAAGAUUCUACGAAGCAUAUCAGUUUGCUGGACCGUCUCUGGGACGGCAGGAUGUAAUCAUUGCAGUUAACUGGACUGGUGUGUACGUUGUGGACGACCGUGAGCACGUGUUACUCGAGUUACAGUUUCCUGAAAUUACUGGCGUCUCCAGCAGCAACUCUAUUGACAAAAGCGGCAGUCUGAGUUUCACGAUAUCCACACUCCGAGGUGACGACUUCACUUUUACUUCCCCAACAUCUGAAGAUAUCAAAGAGUUGAUCACUUUCUUCCUUGACGGAUUACGGGCAAGAUCAAAAUAUGUCGUCGCACUUAUGGACUACGACAGCCCAGGAGAGAACACAAGUUUCCUGUCGUUCAAGAAAAAUGAUCUGAUUAUUUUGCAAGAAAGCGAAAAUGGCGAAUCAAUCACAAACUCUGGAUGGUGUAACGGAUUAUGCGAGAGAACUGGUUUAUCCGGCGACCUGCCUGCAGAAUGCGUGUACGUUUUGCCAAUCACGAGCAAGCCAACUAUAGAUAUUUUGGCACAGUUCGAAAGGCAAUCGAAAGAAGGGGCUGAGAAGAUCAUCGCCUCUGCACAUUCCGCAUUACACCUUGAUGACCUUGAAAUACCCGAAAGACCCCACACAUUGGAGGAAUAUUCCAGGGAUCACUUUGUGCCACCAGCUGCAAGAACCAUCGGAAGAAGUGGUUUAAGAAAAGACAGAAACACAAUAUGGGCAUUUCAGAAGGAACCAAUCAAGCAGCCAUUGCUUCAAAGACUUAUAGGAAAAGAAGAUUUAUCCUAUAAAGCAACACAGACAUUCUUAGGUAUUCUUAAAUACAUGGGUGACUACCCAUCCAAGAGGUCAAGAAGUUCAACCGAGCUGUCUGAUGAAAUUUUCGAACCUCCAUUGAAUUCUGAAGCUAUGAGGGAUGAGGUGUACUGUCAAAUAAUCAAGCAGUUGACUGGAAAUAAAAUUAAAACAAGCGAAACGUACGGCUGGGAAUUGAUGUGGUUGUGCACUGGGCUGUUUGCUUGUAGUAAUCAACUACUUAAAGAUGUAAGCUUGUUCCUGCAAUCAUGGAUGAGAACACAGCCGUAUGCCAAGGAAUGCAUCUUGCGCUUGCAAAAGACAAUGAGAGUUGGUCAGAGAAAGUAUCCACCGCAUAAUGUCGAAGUUGGUGCUAUACAGCACGGUACAACACAGAUUUACCACAAGGUCUAUUUCCCGGACGACAAUCAUAAGGCAUUUGAAAUCGACUCUGGAACCAAGGCGAAAGACCUGUGCACGUUCAUUUCCCAGAGAUUGGAUCUAAAAUCCUCUGACGGCUUCAGCCUUUUUGUAAAAAUAUCGGAUAAAGUAAUUAGCGUUCCUGAAGGUGACUUCUUCUUCGAUUUUGUACGACAUUUGAUGGAAUGGCUUAAAAAGACGAGGGCGACUUCUACAAAUUUCAAGGUAGACGCAAAUUCCAGCAUCAGUUACCAAGUGUUCUUUAUGAAGAAACUUUGGAGUAACACCAUUCCUGGAAAAGAUCCAGCAGCCGACUGCAUUUUCCAUUAUCACCAGGAACUUCCAAAAUACUUGCGUGGUUACCACAAGUGUACUGUUGAAGACGCUUUUCAACUGGCAGCUCUUAUCUACAGAGUGAAAUUCGGUGACGAUAAAUCACAAUUUCCCAAUAUUAACAAAAUGAUGCGUGAGUUAGUUCCAUAUGAUAUUCAAAACCAGCGAAGCCCAGAUGACUGGAGAAGGGGUAUUGUAGCUGCGUUUAACAAACAUGCCGGGAAAACCAGGAAUGAUGCUAAGGUUUCGUUCCUGAAGAUAGUCUAUCGUUGGCCAACGUUUGGAUCUGCCUUCUUUGAAGUCAAGCAAACCACUGAGCCACAUUUCCCAGAGCAAUUGAUUAUUGCGAUAAACAAGAAUGGCGUGAGUUUGAUUAACAAGCAAACCAAGGACAUUCUUGAGACAUAUCCCUUCACCAAGAUCUCAAACUGGAGCAGUGGUAAUACCUAUUAUCACAUGACAAUUGGUAACCUUAUGAAAGGAAGCAAGUUCCUGUGCGAAACAUCUCUGGGUUACAAAAUGGAUGACCUUCUAACCUCGUACAUAUCGAUGAUGUUAACCAAUAUUAACAAAGGAAAACGUGGUACAAUUCAAGGCGAAAGACUUUAAGUCGCCCGAGCACCACAAAGAAACAAUCUCGAUGUUCAAGUGGAAAUUAAAAUCAGUAAAACGCGAAGUUCUGCAUCACAUUCUCUUAGCUUGCGUAUUUUUUCUUUGUAAUCCACACAUGCAAAUAUAAUUACAGAUUUCUUUUUUUCGAUAGUUGUAGCUGACAAUUUAUGAAAUAAUUUUUCUAUUUCCGGUACUAAUUAUUAUGAAUAGUUAUUAAUUAUACUACCAUUAAGAAUAAAUUAAUUAGGUAAUAAGGUGAAUCAAUAAUGAUAAAAUAUUAAAAUUUCGCAUGCAUUUUUUAAAAUUUU